CUAUAGAACCUAACGACAAUGGAGUUUGUUACAGCGGCUGGGAUUGCCUUGGAUGCGGAGUUCAUUAAGGGGCCUGUUAUAGCCGGUAUUGGGUUUGGCCAUGUAAUAUUGUGCCGUACGUGCUGGUCGUUGAAUAGCAGCGAUGAGGGUCUCUAUGGAGGGCGGAUUCGUACUGGAGUGUGGGCAGGACAUAGGUUCGAUAUCGCGACGCGUGAACGGCAUGAUAGGAGCGCUAAAGAUGAAGAAUGGAAGAAUGUGAGCGAAGAGGUGUCGGCGGAGGUUGCAGCGAUCUGGGAGAGCGAGUAUGGUGCUGGCUGGCGGGAGAGAUUUAUAUAGACUGCUAUGUUUACAGACACUGAGCUGAUGGGAAGGCGGUCUCGAGAUUUAGCUCUUUCUCAGCAUGAGAUGGGCCCCUUCAGUUGUGCUUAUGGGUCUUCCGGUAUGGUGUUGGAUUUAUGAUGCGUUUGGGAUGGUUGGGCGAAGACGGGGAUAUGGGGUAUAGAGGUGGGGAUAAAAGGGGGCCAGAGGGAUGUGAGCGAGGUAGCAGGAG